GGUCCAGGCACUGAAGAGCAAACACAAAGUGGGAUAAAGACCGUGCAAGACAAACAGCUGAGAAAAUGUACGGAUUCAUAAACACUUGCCUGAAAUCUCUAGUCAUUGAGAAAUUUGGUGAAGAAACGUGGGAAACAUUAAGGACAAAGGCAGAGGUCCAGGAAUCAUUUAUGACUUAUGAGAUUUAUGAUGACACGCUGACCCUGCGCCUGGUGCAGGAGGCCUGUAAAAUGUUGGAGGUUUCCUCUGAGGUGGUCCUCAAGCUGUUCGGCGAGUACUUCUUCAGCUUCUGCAAGAUGUCUGGCUAUGACACCAUGCUGCGCACCUUGGGGGGCAAUCUUGUGGACUUCAUUGAGAACCUGGAUGCCCUCCACAGCUACUUGGCCCUCUCUUAUGAGCAAAUGAAUGCCCCUUCUUUUCGGGUGGAGAAGACAGAAGAUGGAAAGAUGCUGUUACAUUACUACUCAGAUCGGAGGGGACUCUACCAUAUUGUUCCAGGCAUCAUAGAAGCUGUAGCCAAGGAUUUCUUUGACAGCCAGGUCCACAUGACCAUCCUCAACCAAUCAGAGGAGAACGAGCACACUGGAAAGAAAGAGCACGUGGUCUUCUUGGUUGUGCAGAUGACGAACAAACCAAAGAAGCGAUCUCAGCAGACUGGCAGUGACGACAGCGCUGACAUUGAGGACAGGAAGCAAAGGGAUGAAAACUUUGUGAAGAUGAAGUCCAGGUAUGCCACCUUACCACCAUGUCCUGGAAGAAGGGCACCUUGGGAAAUCGUGAGGAGCAUUGUCAAGUUUGGGCAAGGCAAACUCAUGAACUCGUUCACCCCCUGCUAUCCCAAAAAGCUGUGGAUUGAGGAGCAGACCUUCUGUAAUGCCUUUCCUUUCCACAUUGUCUUUGACGAGAAUCUCAAGGUGAAACAGACUGGGAUCAACAUCCAGAAAUUCGUCCCAGGACUGCAGACAAUGGACAUCAGGCUGGAUGAGUACUUCAGCAUUGUCCACCCUGAGGUCACCUUCAACAUUGAGAGCAUCAGGAAAUUCAUCAAUAGUCAGUUUGUGCUGAAGACCAGGAGGGAGAUGCUUCCAGAGUCCUAUCAGCAACAGUCAAUGCUCAAACUCCGAGGUCAAAUGGUGUGGAUGACUUCAUUGAACUGCAUGGUGUACUUGUGCUCACCAAAGCUGCGCAGCCUUCAAGAGCUGGAGAAACGAGGCCUGUACAUCUCUGACAUUGCACCUCAUGACACGACGCGUGACCUCAUCCUGCUCAACCAGCAGCGGCUGGCUGAGAUUGAGCUCUCCAACCAGCUGGAGCGCAAGAAGGAGGAGCUGCGGGUUCUCUCCCGUAACCUGGAGGUAGAGAAGAAGAAGACAGAGACUCUAUUGUAUGCCAUGCUGCCCCGCCAUGUGGCCAACCGACUCAAGGAAGGCAAGAAGGUUGAAGCAGGUGAGUUCAAGGUGUGCACAAUUCUGUUCAGCGAUGUGGUGACCUUCACCAACAUCUGCGCUGCCUGUGAGCCCAUCCAGAUAGUCAACAUGCUCAACUCCAUGUACUCCAGGUUUGACCGACUGACCAACGUUCACGAUGUUUACAAGGUGGAAACCAUUGGAGAUGCUUACAUGGUGGUGGGAGGAGUUCCUGUUCCAACCAGCAGCCAUGCUGAGCGUGUGGCAAACUUUGCCUUGGGUAUGCGGAUUGCUGCCCGAGAAGUGACAAACCCCAUUACCGCAAACCCAAUCCAGAUCCGGGUGGGUCUCCACACUGGGCCGGUGUUGGCCGGAGUGGUUGGGGAGAAGAUGCCACGAUACUGCCUUUUUGGGGACACAGUCAAUACAGCUUCUCGCAUGGAGAGUCAUGGAGUCCCGGACCAUAUACACCUCAGCCCCACCACAUACAGAGAACUUGAGAAUAAAGGCUUUGAAAUCACAGAGAGAGGGGAGAUCCAGGUCAAAGGAAAAGGCCUGAUGACCACAUACUUCCUCCUGCAGAAUCUCGGCCUUUCUGAGGACAGAAUUAUGGGCAGAGGAACAGAAGAGCCUUACGUGUACAGUGAUGGCCAACAGGAGAUCACUGAGAAUAGACCAGGUACUCAACAAUCAACUGGUACAGGAACAGAAAAGGAUUUGGAGAAGGGAGGGAGUCAGGAGUCAUCGCCGUCUUUGCAGGGUGACUUAAGCAAUGAUGCACUUAGCUCUAGAUUCUGCCGACUGUUCUAGUUUAAACACCACUGCUGUCUCGUCCAGGAAUAUGUUUUAUAGAAUAAAUGGCAAAAUCCCUCAGCAGUUUAUUACGUUGAUUAGCUACCUUUUUACAUUUGAAUAUGACAAGGCAGGCGGAUAGUAAGUCGACAGUUAAAAAUGCAUAGUUUCACUAUUAAUUCUGUGGAAAUCGUACCUGUGAUCGUAUCUGUCACAUCCUACUGUGAUAAAUUGACAUCUUGAUGUUUGUUUUCAGCAAAGAGCAGUUACUGUCAGGGUCGGCGUCCAUCUGGUCCUGUCCCAAAUGCUUUGUCCCCAUUCAGCCAGCGAUUUUCACUGGCCAUCCUGUUUCCUCCUCUGUCUUCAUCCUAAGUCCUUAGUGCGUUUCCCUCCUCCAUGGACUGCUGUAUAGCUCAAUGGGUUGAUCAUCCAGCCUCUGGUCAUAAGUUCUCACUGGGCCUCGACUGUUUUUCGUCCAUAGUUUCUUCUGUUUAUUAAUCGUAUUCCACCUGUUUCAUGUUGUCCUGUGCCUUCUUGAUCCAUUGAUUUGGUUAUAGUCCACACCUGCCCUUUGUUAGUCCUUGUUGUCUAUGUAUUUCAGUGCCUGCCUUGGUUCAUUUUCCCAAUCAGUCAUUGUUCAUGUCACUGCACGUUUGCAGCUCUGCUUGUUUGCUAGUCCUGCUCCCUCACUUGCUCUGUUCCAUAGCUGUUUGUACUUAGUGGUUUCUUUAGUUUGUUUUUAUUUUUCCUGUUUGCUUUUGACCCCUCACGGUCCCUUUCUUUUGUCCUGUUCCCUGGUGUGUGCAGUUUGUGUAAUAAUGCAGUUGGUUCUCAGAGCUUCUCCGUGGAUUGUCACCUUCUUCCAUCUUCACCAUGCCCUGUCAUAACACUUACUUCUGCUGUGCCUGUGCAAAAUCACCAUUUAAAUAACUGUUCAAGUACAGUACAGAAGAUAUGUACGACAUAACAUGAUCUGUGUGACUGCAGUACCAGUCGUAGCUGAUAUGGCGCCCUAGGUGGGCAACACCAGUGCCCCUCCACCUCCCUCAAAUGGUGGCAAUGUCCACCUAUGUUGCUUAUAGCAGUGUUUGUCAAACCAGUCCUCGUGCAUCCCCAGACAGUGCACAUUUUUGUUCCCUCUCAACUCCCAGGGAAGUGGGAGAGAGCAGAUAUGUGGACCAUCUGGAGAUCCACGAGGACUGGUCUGAGAAACACUGGCCUACAGGACUGACCGGCCCUGUGUGUGAGAUUCUUUUGGGAUUUAAGGACUUAAAUUGAUAGUGUUGGUUUAUGUUUGAAGAAUUUACUAGUCUGCUGAAUAAAACAAAAUAGUUUAAUCUAUCUACUUUAUUAAUUGUUAAAAUGUAACAAUUUCUCAUUGCCUCUGAAGAAAUACUAAUGGACGUGACAUACAGCGAAAUGCCGUCGGUAGUGUGAUUUAAGCAGUCCGGCUUUGAGAACGAAGGACAUGCAUUACAUCACUGCCCUCUGUUUUUAGAAGGAGCGAAUUGUGUCGCUGAACAAUAUAAAUCUGAUUGUUUAAAAUUACAAAGCACUCAGAUAGGCAGAUUAUAAAUAUGUUGCUAUGUAGCAUCAAGUAUUUGAAAACAUAUGCGAAUGUCAUGGAAUGUUUUUUUUCUGUUGACUUACAAUACAAAACAAUGUAGAGCUGUCGGGAUCUGGGGCGGGCAGUGCGACGUGUUGCACCGGUCCCAGUCCUGUAAUGCUGUGUGUAAUGCGUUAAUGUAAAUAGCUUUGCGCAGUCGUCGUCUCUCGUGUUGUAGGUGUGUUGUAAAGUAAUGUCACGUGUGGCAUUUAAUGUUUAGUGCUGUAAAUAGUGGUUUGUGUGGGCCCACUGUACGUGGUGUGGGUAGUCGGGCUGACCCGCCGGGUGGGCAGUGUGUGCGAGUUAGAGCGAAUGAAUGUACGAGUGCAA